AUGAUGUUUAACGUCCCGGAGAAAACACGGGCAGCGCCCGUGUUUCAGAAGCCUCCCGAAGGGCAUGGAGACAUUUGCUGGAGGAAUGUAAAGGAUGGCAAGCCUAUAAUAAAAUUCAUAAUAAUGAAUUUAAAAGAAUUUGAUGUAUUUGUUCUGAAUGCUAUCUAUGAACUUUUUUAUAUCAAAGUGACCCCCCUGCAGAUCAUCAUAGAGGGUGUAGACAAAAAGAGUGCUGCUCAGGCAUUCAAGGAAUGGUGGAGAAGUCAACCCUCAACAGAUCUAUAUGUUUUCUCAGAUGGAUCAGAACGGAGCCUUGACAACAGCAGGCAGGUGGGCUAUGGCUUCAUAGUCUAUCAGGGAAAUAAACAGCUGGCCAGCUUCUCAGCUGCGCUGAGCCCUAUGUCACAUGUCUUCGACGCUGAGGCAGUUGGUGCCUGCCGGGCACUAGAGUGCGCCGUGAAGCUCCUACCUUGUGUCACAGAGGACAGCAGCAACCCUCAGAUCUGGCUCUGCCUCGACAACACCUCAGUCAUCUGGGGCAUACGGGGCAGUGCAGCAGCCUCCUCAAACUGGGCCUACAACCGCUGCCAUGAGCUCCUCAGACAGCACAAUCUCGGCCUGAAAUGGGCUCCUGGGCAUAUGGGGAUAGGGGGCAAUGAGGAAGCAGACCGCUUGGCUAAGCGGGCAGUCUCAUCCACUGCAGCCCCAGCCUAUGGUCUCGAGGCCACACCCACAGUCAGUGGGGUCCGCACAGUGGCCAAGCAGCUCAGCCAAGAGGCAAGGCGAAAGUGGUGGAGUGGAGCCUGUGGCAGGCUCUCUGACUGGUACCGGGGCUGGAGUUUCAGCAGGCCGACUGUGGAAUACCAAGUGAAGGCCCCUCCGGAGCUCACCAUGCCACGGCAUGCCCUUCACCGCUGGCUCGCACUCCGCUCCUCUCAUGGGGACUUCUCCUGGUACCACAGGCGUUUCCAGCAUGCAGAUGCGAGGCUCACCUGUGUCUGUGGACACAACAAGAGCCCAGAACAUUUGGUGCUCUGUCGACACUCACAGAGGCACUUUCUUCACUGGCCCAAGAGGCCAGCAGCACGGCCACACAACCGGGCGACAGCUGUUGCCUAUCUAGGGUCUCUGACCCCUACAGACUUUGUAGAACUGCUGGACUUCACGCAGUUCUACACACGGUACUGCACAAGGUAA